AACGUUAGCUAUGCCAACUGAAGAACAGGAUCCCGUCGAGUUGAUGCUAAAGAAAACAGGCUGCAUAGAGCUACACUAUAAGGUACAGGAGUGCAUUGCAGAGACGGGCGACUGGCGCAUGUGUCAGGACAAAGUGAAAGAGUUCAAGGCGUGCAUGCAAAAAUAUGUGGAUGAACAAUCCAAGAAAUAUUCCAAUGUUAAGUAAAAUUAUACAUAAACUCCUCAGUAC